AUGUUGGCGAGCUGCCUUCCCAUGGAAAUCAAUCCGUCAAGGCCCAUAAGAAGUAUAUUGAAAUGGGGCGAGUUAGCAUUAGAAACAUUUGAUUAUAUGGCUGAGAUUUCAGGGUCCCUCUCGCUGGGGGCGAGUGGGGUCGACCCCGUUCCCCGCUACGGCCUGGCCAACGACCCGUCUAAUUGCGGCGUCGGAAUGAAGAUCGACGAGGCGCGCUAUUGGCCGCGACGCGACGUCGACUUAUGGGGGGAAAGCGUCGGAAAAACGGUGGAGCAAGGGCGCCUUUCUCGCAUUGUGUUUUAUUAUGUUGGGCGCGGAAAAUCUAAAACAUGGCGGGAGGAUUGGACCCUGUUAUGCUAUGCAGACGCGCAGGGCCGUCGCAGGUUCCAUGGGGCCUUCACCGGCGGCUUCUCGGCCGGGUUCUUCAAUACGGUGGGGUCGCUGGAAGGUUGGACCCCCAGCGAAUUCAAGAGUACUCGGCAGGAGAAGGCUCGCGGCGUGUCGCAGAAGCCCGAGGACUUCAUGGACGAUGAGGACUUGGGGGAGUACGGUAUCGCCCCGCAAGUGGUCAGGGCUACCAAGGAUUAUUCUACUUCAAAGAAAAGGAGGAAGCAGGUAUUUUCAGAAGGUCCAAUUCCUGGCCAACCUGUCCUAGAAACAUUACUAACAAGCGGUAACGAAACAGUCGGUUACCUCCUUCUCAAGAACAUAGGCCUCAAAGAAAAAAUCGAAAAACACCUAGACGAAGUCAACUCUGCAAGCAAAACGUACGGCUGUCAAAUGCCUGUUCAAUAUAAAAUCCCGACAAAAAUCGAAAACAAACAAUACCAGAUCCCCGACAUUUACAGGGAGUGUCUAGAAAAACCGAAAUCAAACACUUUCGGCUUGGACUACAAAGGACUGGACAGAUCGCAUGUGAAUCUUUUCAGAAGCUCAAACUUGGUGGUGACCGACAGGAACAACAAGAAAUUUUCGAUCGGAGGACAAGCUUUUGGAGUUGGGGCUUUUGAAGAGGAUGACGAUGACAUUUACAUGAGGGAAGACAUGAGCAAUUAUGAUCAUGAGUUGAUCAAGGAAAAGUGUUCUACUAGUAGCGAUGCCAAGCACGGCGAUUUGGUGUUCGGGAUGUUUGAAACUGAAGAAGUUGACAGGGCUAGUAUCAAUCCUAAUAUAAGAGCAAAAUACUUGGGGGAAGAGACACCAGAAGUUUACACGCAGUCCCAACCAAUUCAGAAAAAAGAAGUACCGACAAACACGCACAAGAAUCCUGAAGGAAAUAAGCCUGCAAAUGCCUUCAGUGUAUUGUCUCUCAUGUCCGAUAGGUUCGUGUCCGCAUCCCAGAAGGAAGACGUGACCGACAUCUUGGAACUGGUGGAGAAAAGCGAGACCACUCACGGCACCAAGGACAUGCGUGAGGCGGCCAGGAUGAAGAUGUUCGGCCGGUUGACAAGAGUGACCUUGGAUUGGCGGCCGUGUUCGUGUCUCUGCAAGAGGUUCAACGUGCCGGAACCGUUCAUGGAUAGACCAGAGGAAAAAAAUAGGAAGAGAACUAAAAACCUAAUUUUCGAAAACCAGAAACAUGUGUAA